UCGGCCCGAUGGAGAUUCUUUGUUUAUAAUUUGCAUUUGAAAAAACUUGAGCUGUCAAAUGGUUUAUUUAAUGCUAUUCUGGCUCUGUUUUCAUAACUCGUCAUAGUUUCGAAAGUUGUUGUAUAAACUCAUCUUGCGUCGUAGCUGUUGAUGGCUGUAGAGGACCUGGAGCCCCUCACCAAAAGUGAGCAGAAGGAUGGACGAGAGGCCGAGACGGACGGCAAAGACACAGGUGAUUCCCUCAAUGUCCUCUUGACAUCAGCUCUCCAUAAGCAUGCUGCAAAGAAAUUGGCAAAGCUGUUUAUUAUUCAUCUACAAUAUGAACAUAAAAAUAACUUUUUUUUUUUUAUUAGGAAGAAAAAGGAAAGUAAAUUCUCCAAGGCAAAGAAAUCUGAAGAUGAACUGGAACUAAGAGAAGUUACAGUCCUAAAGGAAAAGAAGAAAGGGAAGAAGACCGUUCAAGAUGAGGGACGUCUCCAGCAACCCGAAGAAGCAGAAGACGAAAACCUCCAUGUUCUGGAAACGGGGAAAGAGGAGGAUGACAAAAAUGAUGAAGAAGUUCCACAUCGAGAUUCGUGUCCUUCCGGUGCGGAGAUUGAUUCACCAACGAGAGACUACCUCAAAGCCGUCUCUGUGCCCAAGAAGAAAACGACGCGGAAGCCGAGGCGAGCUGUCAGGGAUGAUGGGAAAGUUUUAGGCGUAACAGUGCAUUGUGCAGAUCGGCUCGAGGGAUCGCCUCUGCUGCUACCUCAUCCAGCUGUCCAGGUGCACAUUUGCAACGCAGACACGGGAGACUGGCUACAGAAAACGGCACCAGAACGGAAAGUCACCUCCUACUACGAGAGCAAUGACGUUGACCACAUUCUCCCCAUCAUGACGCAGCCUUAUGAUUUACGCAAAGCCAAGAGCCUUCACUGCCGCUGGGAGGAGCAGCUGAUAUUCAACGAGCCAAUGGGACAUUUCACUUCACGUGAGCCACAAGUCAUAGUCUUCUUCCAGAUGAUGGACUUCCCUCCAUCAUCUGCCAACACCUCAAACGUCACAUCCAACCAGACCAGGGCAUCAGCGGCAGCUCGUGGCUUGACGACAUUUGCCUGGGCAUUCCUGAAGGUGCAGGGGGCUAACAACCAUGUCAAUAUUGGCCAGAGGUUGCGGCUGCAGCUCUUCCGGCCGAGGAAGCAGUCUGGGAUUGGCCUCAAGGACUUGCACAGCUGGUGGAAGAGCGGCAGCCGGACCAAGUACCCGGCCACACUCUACGUCACCCUCCAGGAAAUGGCCAUCCCGCAGAAUCCUCGGCCAGCUCUCAGAUCGAUGCUUGCCACACAGCAGGAGCAAGGUGGAGGAUCUAUUUUGAUGGAUGUUUUAGAUCAGUCAUCAAUAAAUGGAUCAAUUCACAGACCUUCAAGUACACACGACAAACUGCAAGUCAGUUGGUCGCGCAAACCAAACCAGUCUUGUAAGAUCCCAAACCACGUCAGACACUGCCUCUCCUAUACUGACCAAGGUUGCCUAGUGGUAAAAUUUUCAAACAGUGGACUGAAACUAGCCUGUGGUGCUUACAAGCAAAUUCUUGUGUAUGAUGUUUUCAGUGGGCAGCUUGAACUAAGUUUAUCUGGACAUUUGGGGCUUGUUUAUGAUGCAUCUUGGAGUGACAGUGAUGAGUUGUUGCUUACAGCAUCUGCAGAUUCAACGGCACGUGUUUGGAACACCAAAGCUGAGGAAGGCUGUGGACAUGGCCAAGUUUUAGCUCACCCCUCCUAUGUGUAUACAGCUAGAUUUGUGCCUUCAAGACACCAAGUUAUAGUCACUGGUUGUUAUGAUCAUGUUUUAAGGGUCUGGUGCAGUAGUAAGGGAGGAGGUUAUGGGGUUGUGCAGGAACUGACAAAUCACUUGGGCUUCAUUAAUGCACUCUGUUUCAACCCAGAAGGGGAUUUGCUGUAUUCAGGAGAUAAGCAGGGCAUAAUUCUAGUCUGGAAGGUCAGUCUACCAAAGAAGGACAAGGGAAAGAAGAAAAUCAAACCCUUAACUUUUGAACAUGAAGUAAAGAUACCUGACAUUUUAGGAAACACUAUAAAUACCAUAUCUUUUCACCCUGGAGGUUACCGCUUGCUGGUUCACACAAGGGACAGCCAGAUAAGACUUGUGAAUCACGUGCAUUGGACUGUAACUCACAGGUUGAGAGGCUUGCUGAAUGUACGCGAGCAAAUUCGGGGAUGUGUAAGCCCAUGUGGGACUUGGGUAUUGUCAGGUAGUGAAGAUCAUGGUGUUUAUAUCUGGAACUCAGACACUGGAGAGAUGGUAUCAGCUUUCAUGGAUUUACCUAUUGAUGGAACAAUAUCAUGCAUUGACUAUCAUCCACAUGAACACAUGGUAGCUUUAUGUUCGUAUUCCAACGAAGCACCAGUCCUGAUCCUAGAUUACGAUGAGGACACGCAGGUCGCCAAUACCACAGUCCCACUUGCAGUUCAACCUGCUGGCUCAGUGAGAGCACACUCUCCUAUGUUAAGGAGUCCAAGUCCGAGUUUCACCCCAAGAAAACUGUCUUCUUCGCCUCACAGGAAUUACACCUCCACUUCCAUGGACAGAAGUGCAUCUUCUGUGCCCCAGUCUGAAGCUCUUCCAUACAAGACAAGGCCUUUAGAACCUAGUUCCUUUCAGCACAAUAACAUGCACGGUGACCUGCACAACAUGGCUCUUGAUCGCGAAGCCUCUACUAAAAGGAAUACUGAUAACUCUCUUGGAGGUAAAGACCUCUGGAGUGAACAAGGCAAAAGAAUUCUUAGCAAGUUGGAUACAGUGCUUAAAAUGGCAAGUGAAAAUCCCAUUGGCCUAAAUGACAGCAGUGUUAACCACUACGGGGAUGAUUUGGUACCUCUGGGACAGUUGGCUACUGUCCUGUAUGACUACCACAGUGUGGAGCGUGACGAACUCUCCGUUAAGCAAGGAGAUUAUGUCAUGGUGAUACAAGAAACCAACAGCGACUGGUGGCUAGUGCGAACUGCCGACCAGAGACUCACAGGCCUUGUUCCAGCUUCCUACCUGCAGCACCUACAUGGGGGGAUAAGGGUAGAUGAUGACGACAUUGAUUGGAUAGAUUCGGGGAAUGUGAUAGCCAUCCCGUCAGAGUGCGGAGAGGUGAGUUUCAUUUCCGACAGUGAAGGAACCCCAAGCAAAGCCAGGGCCCGGAGGCAUAAGGCGAAAAUGGGUGGAGAAAAUGCAAAAGUCAUCACUUCUACGCCGAGGCCUAAGUAACCACGAAACAAUGAGGGAAAUUAACACUACUGCCGAUGCUGUAGUUUAUGCUUAAUCCGGUAGUAUGUGCAAUUCAAAUUUUUUUUUCUGAAUU